UUUACGCUGUUACGCAGAGGGCAGGCUCACCUGCUGAAACGCCUGCAAGUGCACUUCGCCAUUCAGCACAACAGAGCCCUCUUUCAGCGCUCACCUCCAAUUAAUAUCCGAGCCUGCGAGGUCAGCGCUUUAUUAUUAUACUGUUGUUGUUUUUCCUUUUUUUCCCCGCUUCCUCGGGUUUGUCCCGGUUUUUCUUGCUUUGUUUUUGAUCCGAGGAGCUCGGUUAUUUUGCCAUGUUUCCUGCGUAUGGAUUGCCUCUGCGAUAGUAGGCGAACAAAGCGCAUCAAGUCUCUCCAGAGAGCUGCUUCAUCCCAGAAUCACGGAUUUUGGUCAGUGAGUAAACUUCUUUGGAUAAACCAUCGUCGACGGGUUUUCCUCGUUGAUCAGCUCUUCGUUGCUAAAUCACUGGGAAAGAGAGCUCUGUUAAAGAUGGAUAGGCUACGCCAGACGGAUUGGCAUUUAAUUUAGGAAACACCCGAUCCCAAUGCAGGACAGAAAUAAUGGCAUGAUUUUGGAUAGCACCGGACGCGUUAUUGGUUUCCUGGGAGUUGAUGCUUAAAUUCAGCAGAACAGUCUUGUAAGAGCAAGUGCUUAAUUUCCCCAGACUCGAAAAUACUACAAAUCUAAAAUAGUGAGACCAUCACUGAAAUAAACUAUGGAACAUACUGGGAUCGAGGAGGUGAACCAGACACACCAGCAGCAGCAUGAGCCUAUCAGCUUCGGAAUCGACCAAAUCCUCAACAGCUCGGACCAGUCCAGCGGCUGCAUGCUGCCCAACCGGACCGGCGACCCGGAUUACGCGCUGGCCCCCAACGUCUACAGCAACGGCUACAACAGCGUCUACAACCCGGCCUGCUCCUACAACGUCAACAUGAACAUGAACGUCAGCAUGAACAUGAACAUGAACGUAAAUGUGAACUCCGGGAACUCGGGCGGGGUGAUCCGGGUGCCGGCCCACAGACCGAUGCCCCCUCCGCCUCCACCUUCAGCGGCUGCCGCGCCGCAUCCGCCCCCAGGAAUCCCCGCUGUGCCUGGCAUAGGGAUGGGCAACCCGGCCAACUUCACCUUCCCAUGGAUGGAGAGCAGUAGAAGGUUUGCCAAGGACAGACUAACAGGGGAGGAGGCAGAGGAGAGCCGAGCUGGGGAGGCCACAGGGGGGCCGGAGGCUGCCGGGUCACUCUGUCCUCUCCCCAAGGGAGACAUCGGCAGGGUCCCUGUCUGGAGCACGGUGGAGACAUUAGCAAAAUGCUAUUACCCAGAACUCGCUCACCUGCGAGACAGCAAUGGUCUUCUGGCAGACUAUCCUUUUCCAAAGGGGGCUUGCCCAGCCGCCCUCUCACCCUUCUCGGUGACCCGACGCAUCGGCCACCCCUACCAGAACCGGACGCCGCCCAAGAGAAAAAAGCCCCGCACGUCCUUCAGCCGGGUGCAGAUCUGUGAGCUGGAGAAACGCUUCCAUCGGCAGAAGUACCUGGCGUCGGCUGAGCGUGCCACUCUGGCGAAGGCCCUCAAGAUGACAGAUGCACAAGUCAAGACCUGGUUUCAGAACAGGCGGACAAAAUGGCGGAGACAAACUGCAGAGGAAAGGGAGGCAGAGAGGCAGCAGGCCAACCGACUGAUGCUGCAGCUUCAGCAGGAAGCUUUCCAGAAGACGUUGAGCCAGCCGCUGCAGCCAGAUCCCCUCUGCCUGCAUAACUCCUCCCUCUACGCCCUGCAGAACUUGCAGCCUUGGGCAGAAGACAAUAAGCUGUCGGUCUAAAAGAGAAGAAGGCACUUUCCCCACUAAGUGCCAGGAAACAAAUGGACACCUCUGUACAUGCCCAACUACUGAGACUGCCCCUCAUUUGCCUCCGGAUCCAUCAUGCAAGGCAGCAGGAGGCUCAUUGCCAGUGGCGGAAAAUAUACAGUCUCCAUUUUUUUCGCUUAUGACUUUGUACAAUGUAGUAAAAUGCAUGUUUCAAUCCUUUUCUGUGUGCACUCGGAGGACCCACUGGAGUCAGCUGCGGUUGAGGUGGAUCUUCUCCCCAGCUGCAGAGCUCAAGUGGUAGUGGAGUGGUCCUGAUGAUGGAUUCCUCAUUAUGUUAAAAAAGUGUUUUAUAUUAAAAGAUAUUGUGACUUUUUGAAACGAUGA